AUGAGGCUCCUUCUGGGCCUCCUCGUACUGGGCCUGUCCCUUUGGACCGCCGAUGCGCUCGAGGUCGGCAUGGACCAGUCGGAGACGAAUCGCCAAUACUGUUCCGGCAUGUACAGCCGAACUACGUGGGGAGGACCGGUCGACCCUUUCAUCCUUGUCAAGUUUCUAAACUCGAGUAUCGCACCGGACAGCGAUCCUGUGGCGAGUCUCAUCAUCUUCGAAUGGCGCGAUAAAGAUCUGGUCGGCGUCCCGGAUCCUAACUUCCCCGGCAUGCAACUCGAACUAUGCCACGACGAGUCCGUGCAAAAUGGUCGCUGCAACUCCACAGACCUUGGCCAAUUUAUCCUCGCCCCCAAUGCCACCGAAAAGUCCAACGCUGUGAUACUCACAAAAGCCAUCCACCUCAAUGACCCUGCCCCUGUAAAGUACGCCAUCAAGAAGACGGGCUACUACUGCGUCAUCACCGAUGUCUUCACUGCAGAGACUUAUGGACUCGUAACCGAGUUUCGCAACGCCUAUGGAGAAUUGCUCGCGACCCAGAUCCCCAAGCUGCCCUUCUAUGGCGGCAUGACCAUCCUAUACGCUCUCGUCUGCGUCUUCUGGGGUUUUCUUUACUACCAGCACCGUCACGACAUAUUGGCUGUUCAGAAUUACAUUACCACCAUUCUGGUCUUCUUGGUCGUUGAAAUGCUCAUGACAUGGGCAUUUUAUGAUUACCAGAAUCGCAUUGGAUCGAACGCGGGAUCAAAGGUUUUGCUCAUCGUGGUCGGCAUAUUCAACGCGGCUCGCAACUCGUUCUCCUUCUUUCUGCUGCUCAUCGUUUGCAUGGGCUACGGCGUAGUCAAGCCGACGCUUGGCCGCACAAUGAUACACGUCCGCUGGCUCGCUGCUGCUCACUUCGUGUUUGGACUCGUAUACGCCAUCACUAGUCUGCUGAUUUCACCCGAGAGUGCAGGGCCCUUUGUUCUGCUCAUCGUCCUCCCUCUCGCUGGAACGUUGACGGCCUUCUAUGUGUGGACGCUCAACUCGCUCAACUUCACACUCAAAAACCUGAGGGAGCGCAAGCAGCACGCCAAGGAGGCUAUGUACAAGAAGCUCUGGUGGGCCAUCCUCACCAGCGUCCUGGUCAUCUUUGGCUUCUUCUUCUUCAACAGCUUCACAUUUGCCUCGGUCAACGACCCCGAUUUUGCCCCGUUCCACUGGAAGACCAGGUGGUUCGUCCUGGACGGGUGGCUGAACAUUGUUUACUUUGCCGACGUCGUUUGGGUUGCCUACAUUUGGCGGCCAACAGCCAACAACCGUCGCUUCGCCAUGAGUGACGAAAUCGCGCAAGACGAUGACGGCAAUUUUGAGAUUGGAGACCUAGGCUUUCCUGGAGACUCGGACGACGACGAAGAAGCUCAGGCCGGGAAAAGCCCGACCCACCAGCCGCCUGCAAGAGGCGCCUCGGGUGCUGGACCGACGGCCAGGCCCCAGCAAAGAAGCGAGGGGCGCGACAUUCCACGGGAGUCACUAGAAGGGGAGACGAUUUUCGCCGUGGGCGAGGACGGAGACAGAUUUUCUGAAGACGGAAGCGAUGAAGAAGGCAUGAAGCUUGUACGAGCCAAGUGA